UUAUAGGGAAGGAACCUAAAAAAAAUUCUUGGUUUCUUGGGAAUUAUAUUAGUUUGAGAAAUUUGCAUUUAUUCCUUAAUUUUCUUUAUUUUUAACAUAGAAAGAAUAAAAGAAAAUUGCAAAUAUGACUAUCUGGCUAGUUCCACUGGAAUCAAACCCUGAUGUUCUCAAUAAAUUCAUUUACAAUUUGGGGGUCUCAAAGAAAUGGAAUAUAGUUGAUGUUAUUGGAUUGGAACCGGACAUGCUCGAGUGGGUGCCUCAACCUGUUAGAGCAGUAAUUCUGUUGUUUCCCUGCUCAGAUAAGCACGCAGCUCAAGUAGCCAAGGAAAAUGCUGAGAAGAAAGCCAAUCCUGAAACAUAUCCCACUGAUUUGUUCUACAUGCGUCAGACAAUCCGCAAUGCCUGUGGAACAAUAGCUCUUAUCCACAGCAUUGCAAACAACCCAGAUGUUGAGCUGGAGGAGAAUGGAAUUCUAACUAAAUAUCUCAACCAGACACGCAAUUUGACUCCUGAGGAACGCGGCCGCAUCCUAGAAGGUAGCGAGGAGUUCAUCGAAACACACAAAGAGGUAGCCCAGGAGGGACAAACCGAAGCUCCUGAUCCUCAUGAUAAGGUCAACUAUCAUUUUAUUGCAUUCGUUAAUAAAAACGGCCAAUUGUUUGAACUCGACGGCAGUAGAGAGUUCCCUGUGAAACACGGGCCAACAUCAUCUGAAACCUUUCUUCAGGAUGCUGCCAAGAUCUGUAAGACCUUUAUGGAGGACAAUCCGGAUGAAGUGCGUUUCAACGUUAUCGCUCUAACUCCGACUCAUGAUUAAUUUAUUCUUGUAAUACUCUCUGAUUUUUUCUGCAUUUUGUGCUAAAAUGUAUAAGGUUUGUAAAAUGCGAAAUUUUCAUUUAAUCACUAAUAUAUUAUAUUUUGCUACUCAUAUUAAAAA